CAGGCACUGAAAAGCUUCGAGCUGUGGUGUAUAACUUUGGCAAGGGUCCAAAGCUGCAACAGCUGGCUCAGGACUUGGGUGACCUGACCAUAAUCAAUAACAGUGCUUCUCUGUUUACAAGAAAACUUCUUCUAGCUGCAGAUGGCUUGUAUACCUGCCAAGCAUUGUAUGACAGUACAGAGGGAGCAAGGCUUUACUACUACUACAUCUAUCUGCGGGUUUUAGUUCCUGUGUCCAAUCCCCACAUUCGGUUAAGUGACUCCACAGCAGUUGAAGGCUCAUCAUUUUGGAUGCGCUGUGAUCUGGAGAAUGGCACAGAACCCAUUCACUACAUCUGGGAACAGGAGAAGCUUAGUGGGCAGGUCAGCAUUCUGGCUGAGACCAACAGCAGUCUGGUCACCAUUACCUCAGUUAACCGCAACCACAUGGGGUGGUUCAGAUGCCAGGCCAGAAACGAGGUCAAUCAGCAGCGGAGUGACCAGAUCUGGCUAGACGUCUUAUAUGGCCCUGACAUGCCACAGAUCAAUGCUUCUAGCUAUUCAGUAACAGAGGGAGGCUAUUCAGCGCUGGAAAAAGGAAACAUCUCCCUCAAUUGUCAAGCCACUUCUAAACCUCCUAGCCAGUAUGUCUGGUUCUACAACAACUCAGAGAUCUACUCUGGACCACAGCUUACAAUCACCAACAUCCUCCGUGUGCAUGCAGGAAACUACACCUGUCUGGCCCAGAACACUUAUAUCAACAAACAUGCCCAGAAAACCAUCACUCUCACCAUCUACUAUCCACCAGAUGGUGUUCCUUCAUGUUCUAUUUUCUCAACAAACAACUACACUGAUCUGGCGCUCUUCUGUUCCUGGGCAGGGGGUAACCCUCCAGCUACCCUCAACUGGAGACCAUAUGUGAAUGGACAAAUCUCACCGGGUAUUGCUAACGUCACUCGGAUUCAGCCAGGACCUGAGAUGGCUAACAACUCUGUAUUCACCUGCUAUGGCUCACAUGUUGCGCUAAACAGCACCCGAACUUGCAGCACCAGGACAUGGCUACCCUAUGGAGAUCCUCAGUGUUCUGCCAAUUCCAGCCUUAAUAAUGAGUACUUGAUCUUGUCCUGCUCCUGGGAGGGUGGUGUCCCUCGGGCAUUGGUGUGGUGGGCUUCAAGUUCAGGAGACAUUCAGGGUUUACCCGAGGAGAACUCCACAAUCCUGGUCCUGCCCUCAAGGGCCACAUACAAUGGCAAAACCUUUGUGUGUCAUGCUAAGCAUCCACUGAUCAACGAGAGCAAAAAAUGUGUCAUAAUACUAGAAAGGCCAGUCUUGAUGCCUCAGCAGAGCGUGGUUUCUGUUUUUGAGGGCAAUGAUAUCCAUCUCACAUGCAUGUUAAGUAAAACUUACCCUCCAGUCACAAAGAUCAUGUGGUACAAUAAUUUAAAACAGAAUGUGAGUGACAAACCCAAGAAGUACACUGUUCAGCAGGCUGGAACAUGGACCAAUCUGACUGUACGGGAGACAGACAGCAAGCAGGACAGUGGACAGUACUGGUGUUCUGCUUCCAAUGCUCUCGGAAGAAUGGAGGUUUCCAUUUUACUGCUCGUGAUGAGAUACCCAACACCUCCCAAUGUGACCAUCAGUAAAAUUAUAUACAAUGGGCGUCAGAGGACAGAUGUCAACGUGGAGUGGUUGGUUCAGGCAUAUGGUGAUGUCACUGGGUUUUUCAUUGAGCGCCAAAUGCUGACUGUUCCUGUAGAGAGGAGUGGCAUUGUUCCUGUCUGGGAGAGAGUCACUGAAAAUCUGGAGCCCAGCACUCGUAGCUACCAGAUCACCAAUCUGGACCCCAGUACCAUUUAUGCAUUCCGUGUAACACCUGUGAAUCGCCGUACUAUUGGAUAUCCUUCUGAGAUCAAGAGCCCAGUGUCGACACCUGUGUCCAAACCCUACAUCCUGCUGAGUGAUUUGUCACCUGUGGAAGGUGCAUCAGUAUGGAUGUACUGCAGUCUGAAUGAUGGAACUGAUCCCAUACAGUACACGUGGGAGCACGAGAGCCGCAGUGGGCUGGUCACCAUACUAGCUGAGAGCGACAGUAGUUUAAUUAACAUCACCGUGGUGACACGCAAUCACACCGGCUGGUUCAGGUGCCUAGCAAAGAACGAGGUUAAUCAGCAGCACAGUGAGCGACUCUGGUUAGACGUUAUAUUUGGUCCAGAUCUGCCUCAGAUUGAUGUAACACCCUACUCAGUAACAGAUCGAGGAUACUCAGCUCUGGAGAAAGAGACUGUUUCCCUGCUAUGUCAAGCCUCAUCUAACCCUCCCAGUCAGUAUGUCUGGUUCUACAACAAUUCCCAGGUCUACACUGGACCACAGCUCACCAUCACUAAGAUCCUACGAAUGCAUACAGGCUAUUAUGCCUGUCUGGCCCAGAACACUUACCUGAAUACACGCUCCAAGAAAACCAUCACUCUCACCGUCUACUAUCCACCAGACAGCAGUCCAGCUUGUUCUAUUCUCCCGGUGAACAACUACACUGACCUAGCUCUGUCCUGUUCAUGGAAGGGAGGUUAUCCUUCACCCACCCUGAACUGGAGUCCAUAUGUGAAUGGAAACAACAGAGAGGACAUGACUAACAUCACAUGGAUUCAACCAGGGCCUGAGACGGCUAACAACUCUGUAUUCAUUUGCUAUGGUUCACAUGUUGCGCUAAAUGCUGCCCAAACCUGUGUCACUAGAACUUGGUUGCCAUAUGGAGAACCCAAGUGUUCUGCAUAUGCGACUCGUAAUAACGAGUACCUGAUGCUGUCCUGCUCCUGGGAGGGUGGUUUUCCUCGGGCUCUACUGUGGUGGGCUUCCAACUCAGGAGACAUUCAGGGAACAUCUGAGGAGAACUCUAACAUCCUGGUCCUGCGCUCCAGUGCCACCUACAGCGGCAAAGCAUUUGUGUGUCAUGCCAAACAUCCAUUACUUAAAGAAACCAAGCAGUGUGUGUUAAAGUUAGAGGCACCAGUCUUGAUGACUCAGCGCAGUGUGGUUUCAGUGUAUGAAGGCAAUGAUGUCCAGCUCACUUGCAUCCUGAGUAAAAACUACCCGGCAGUCACAGAGAUCACUUGGUACAAUAACUUAAAGCAGAAUGUUGGCGAGACACCCAAGAAAUAUGUCCUCGAACAAGCUGCUACCUGGUUUAACCUGACAGUGAGAGAAACAGACAGCAAGGUGGACAGUGGACAGUACUGGUGUUCAGCUGCUAAUGCUGUCGGAGGAGCAGAGAUUCCUGUUUUGCUCCUAGUAAUGAGAUACCCAAUGCCUCCAAACGUGACCAUCAGCAAGAUCACAUACAGCAGCCAGCAGAGGACAGAUGUCAUGUUGGAGUGGUUAGUCCAGAGUAAUGGAGACCUCACAGGGUUCUUCAUUGAGCAUCAGAGGCUCCCUGUAGGCAAGAGUGAUGUUGUUCCUGUUUGGCAGACAGUGGUAGUAGAUCUUAAUCCAAGCACCCGGAGCUACCAGAUCACCAACCUAGAUCCUACUGGGAAAUAUGCAUUCCGUGUGACUGCUGUCAAUCACAGAACCACAGGACAUCCAUCAGAGGUCAAGAGCCCAGCAAACCCACGCUUCAAAGCUUAUCCUGCAGUUAUUGGAGCAGCAACUGGGGGGAUGCUUCUGGCAACAUUAUCUACAGUCCUGCUCUUCAUUUUUGUUCUGCGGAAUCGUAACCACAGUCCACGUCUUCACGACAUGAUAUUUGGCAGGCAUAACAGCCAGUCCAGAGAAAAUAUCAACUUCCCAGAGGACGAGGUUGUCGGAAGAGCAGAAGAUGAGGGAGGCAGAGAAGAGACAAAGCCAGGUAAACUUAUCAUAAUUUUCUUACACUUCAGAAUUCCUAAUUUAAUAUUUUUUACCUUUUUCAGGACCAUCACUGGCCCAGCCAAGAUCUGCUUCAAUGCUCAGAUCCAGUUCCUCUGACAACAACCAGGCAAAAUCACAAACUGGAGAUUCAUAAAAAAACAACCAAACUUUUAUUUUAUAUUAACUGACAGUGAAACCCACAAAAUGCAAAAUCCUUUCAAUUUCCUGUUUAAACAGCUCUAUGACAUUUUUUAUACAAUCAUUGCUGAAAGUUGAAAAUGUUUUAAAUGUAUUUUAUACUACAACUUUAAAUCGCUGCUGGAGCUUUAACAGCUCACUAGCGAAUUACAGGUUUCAAGAUUUCUUCCUCAUAUCGUCCCAGGGAUUUUUUCCUCACCACCGUUGCCCCUGGCUUGCUCAUUAGGGAUAAAUAUAAAUGAAAAUUUUAAACUUUAUAAUUUGCUUCUGAAUUUUUAUAUUCUUGUAAAGCUGAUUUGAGACAAGGUCUACUGUUAAAAGUGCUAUACAAAUAAAAGGAACUGAAUUAAAUUGAAUGCUAUAUGAGUUUAUAUCAAAUCUAUCAAUAUAUAUCUAUAAUUAUAUCACAUUUAUGUCAAAUCUGAUUAGUCAGAAGGUGCUGAGUUUCUGUAACAACAGCUACAGUGGGAUUAAUAGGUUUUUGGUAUAAUGACAAGCUACAUUUUUGUAUUAUUAACUUCUAGAGAGAAAUA